AUGCAAGUAAAAGUCGGAAACAUUGGAUGUAUGAUGUAUGCCCAAGUGUUGCGACAAGUCAAUUUUGUUGGAAAUACUCUCGGCGUUCAGAAAGACCUCGUUGCUUUCCAAUUAGCUGGAUUUCGCAAUUGCACCUUUGUUUACUGUGAGGUUUCAGAGAAUAAGGAUCUUUCCUCAAUGCUUCUCAAAGCUUUGGAAGGUGCCAUUAUACUGGAAUCUUUCCUUAAGACAACCGUAGAUGUCUUCACUUUGGUGUUGGAGUCAGUUGGAAGUAUGCUUCAUCUUCUGGUUGUUGAAUUGUAUGGCAUGGUUGCCUCUGUUUCUAUUGUAUGA